AUGACAUCGAUCUUUGCGUCCAAGGCGCUCGGCCGACGCCGUGGAUCGGCGCAGACCGGCGAGCUCUCGGACUCGAGCGCAUCGUCGCGCAACCACAGCAUCUCGUCGCGGGACCGCUCCACAUCGCUGGCGAGCUCGCAGAUGGACGACUGGAGCGACGGUUUCACGGGCAUUGUGGACCUCGACCGCCAGAUGCGCCAGCUCGCCAUGGCCGAGCAAGGCCACGCCUCGCUGUGCGGGUCGUCGGACCUGGACGUCUACGAGCCGUACUCGCCCUCUAGCUGGUGGGGCGAGAACGAGCAGCGGCGACGCAAGAGCUCGUCGGAUGCGCGUCUGGCGAGCGGCUCGCAGUCGUCGCUCUCGACGCGCAGCAUUCCACCCUCGCCGCUGUCGCCCGCGCACACCACGGCGAGCACCUCGACCGCGGCGACGUCGCGCUUCUCCAACGACUCGCGCACGCACUCGUCGCUGCUCGCCAAGCGCCAGUCGUCCGGUGCGGUCGACUCGUUCGACGGCGCGCACAGCCCGCUUAGGCUCGCGCCGCUGCCGGCAUCGCCGUCGGCGUUUGGUAACUAUCGGCUGACGGACUCGGCCCCCGCGCGCGCCUCGGGCGUAUUCGACUCGCCCUCCUGGUCCGGUGGCGAGGAGAAGGAUCCGCUCACCCCGCUCGCGCUCUCCGCUCGACAGCUCGCGCCCGUCACGCCAGGAACGGCCGCGGCGGCAACAUGGACCGACCCCACCGCGCCGGGCUACUUCCCCGCCGGCCUUGUGGCGCGCAGCAAAAAGUCGCGCUCGCUGCGCAAGAAGACCACCCGAGCUCCACUGCCCCGCCUCGUGUCCGGCGAGGUGGUCUCGUCCCCCACCGCCGAGUCCGAGUACGCGCUUGACGAGGCGGCCGCCCCGCGUGGGGAGGACGAGGGCGUCGCAGGGUUGGGAUUCGUCAUUCCAAGCUCACAGCCACAUGCGCCUUCGGGCACGCACGCACUGCGCAGGUCGGCGCAGUCGCUCGCACUCAGCCUGCGCUUCAAGAUGCUGCGUGCCAAACGCAGGGUGCGCCGCACGGGUCUCGAAGCCGCCGAGCUCUUCACCCCGCAAUCGUCGCGGCGCAGCUCGCUCGACACCACCCCCGCCUUCUGA